UCUGAAGGCUUAACUGUUAAAAAGUCUUCCAGAUAUUACCGAAGUUCGAAGAUCAUAUCUUGGAGAAGCUCCACUGCUGUGAAGUGAACUGUAAUGAGGAGACUCAAAGAGGAGUUUACUUAAUCUGACUGAUUACAUAUGAAUGCAGCUCUCAUGCUGCUGAAGUUGGUCAUCACUUUCUGCUGUUUUAUCAGCAGCUGGUCAUCAACAUGGAGGCCAUGCACAGGUACACUUCCACACCCAGAACAGCACCUGUUACCAGUGGACCUGCUGCAUCGUGUCAUUCCUGUUGUAGGCAGUCACCAGACUCGUGUCCGGAUGGUGCAGUCUCAGGGCUCAAGAGGACUGAAGCUCUCUGGUCCUCCACAUGCACUGAGUUACCCAUCAUCAAAAAUCUUCACCAACUGCAACUUCUUCCCUGCUGAGUUCUCCAUCGUGGUCACACUGAAGAUCCCCAAACUAAAUCCUAAUAAAGAUGAGUACAUAUUCACUCUUUUGGAUGGAGAGUCAGAUGAGCUGCUUGUUGGUCUUCGUCUUGCUCAUGAUAAAGUGCACUUCCUGCGGUGGAUAGAUGACAGGACAGAGCGUGUGACCUUCAGGCAGAUGAACAUGGCAGAUGGACAUUGGCAUACAAUGGUGCUCGCACUCAGUGGCCAUUACGCCGUACUCACUAUGGACUGUGGCAUCCCAGUUGAGCUGCAGCUGGAGAAACCAUUUCCUGAGCAGUUGUACACAGGUGGCUCUACAUUCUUUAUUGGCAGCAGAAGGAGAUGGAGUGGCCUAUUCUCUGGUUUAAUAAGACAGCUUGUCCUCCUGCCUGGAUCAGAUGCGUCCUCACGUCUUUGUCCCUCGUCUGAUCCCACACUGUCUGUUCUGUCAGUUCCUCAGAUUCUCUUACAACUGCCAGUCAAACCUUCAACCAACCAAUUUACACUUUACCCAUACGAGGCGGAGUUGCGUGUUACUCAGUAUCUUCCUCCAGUGUGUAUCAGUGCUGUAGCAGGCCAGUUGUGGUUCAGCAUUGAGAAGAGAUCGCUGUUCUUGUGUAAUGGCACCACAUGGAUAACCAUGCUGCAAGAUAAAGAGAAGUUGGAUUAUGUUGAAGAUCAUCAGGAUAUCUUUACAAUCUCAGAGACAUUUGAUAUUGAGGUUUUUCAUCUACCAUCUCUUGGCUUGUUCAUUGCUAUGGCAAACCGUGACUCCAGCUACGGUUCAGCUAUUUACAGAUGGAUCAAUGGUAGAUUUGAGCGAUUUCAGAACAUCAACACAUAUGAAGCUCAAGCAUGGAAAUUCUUCACUGUGGGAAAAAAGAGAUUCCUGGUUGUGGCAAACUCCCGAAGAACUGAUGGUAACUGUGAGCUCUCAGUGAUUUAUAAGUGGCGAGUGAAAAGACAGCGUUUUGUUGAAUAUCAGAAGAUUCAAACACACAGUGCUCGUGACUGGGAGGCCUUUCAUAUCCAUGAUGACAACUUCCUCGCUGUGGCUAAUCACAGAGAAGGUGAGAUGAAUCACAACAUUGACAGCGUUAUUUACAAAUGGAACAGACAGUCCAGGAAAUUUGAGGUGAAUCAGACCAUCUCAACAUCUGGAGCCUAUGACUGGGAGUUCUUCACCAUCGGACCUUAUCACUUUCUGGUGGUAGCCAAUAGCUUUAACGGUAUAUCCACAGACAUCAGCUCCACAAUCUACAUCUGGAUGGGGGGAAAGUUCCAGCCAUUCCAGUACAUAACGACAUUUGGAGCAAUUGAUUGGGAGAUGUUUCAGAUUGAUAACAGGUUCUUUCUGGCUGUGGCGAACUCUCAGAAACUCAGUGACUCCAACACAGUUGUCUACAACAUCAACUCCACCAUCUUUGAACUUAACACCACUUCACAGAGCUUCAUCAAGUUCCAGGAUAUAGCAACAAGCAGUGCUUUAGAUUGGGAGUUCUUCACUGUGGGUGAUGAUAAGUUCCUGGUGGUGGCAAACUCAUAUGAUGGAGCUUCAUACUCUUUAAACAGUGUUAUAUAUAGGUGGCAGGGUUAUGAAGGAUUCGUGCCUGUGCAUAGACUAAACACAAAUGGAUGCCGAGACUGGGAAUUCUUCACUUCCUCUGAUGGAUCAUACCUCAUUUCCUCCAGUGCCAGAGCUGCUUACUCUAAAGUCCUCAAGCUGAAAACCUACUUCCAGCAUUGAGUCCUAAAAGCCACAACAUCAGGAGAAACAUCUAAUUCACAGCACAUCAUAUAUACAUUAUACCAUUACAUUAUGACUUUUGUCAUCAAUAUGUAAUUGUCAGAAAUAACAAUAAAACAAGCUACAAACAUGUUAAAACAUGCUAUUACAACCU